AUGCAAAGUAAUUCCUCUUCCCCAAGUGGUAAUGAAACAAAUAAAGACCAUAAUCCAAAAGAUUAUCUUUAUGAUAUUGUUGUUGAAAAAGGUGAAAAUUUACCAAAAGCAGAUAUUGGAGGACGUAUUGAUGGAUUUAUUGUAUUAAAUUUUUCAGUUUCAAAAACAAGCUUGAAAAAGAAAAAUAAAAGUAAUUCAAAAGAUGAAUAUAAAAAAAAAUUGAAAGAAAUUGAAGAAAAAGAACAAAGAAAUGAAGAAUGUGAAAGUGUAGAACGUUCAUGUCAAACAAAAGCGGUGAUGAAUAAUUAUAAUCCCAUUUGGAAUUCAAGAUUUAUUUUACAUCAUUUAACAAAAGAAACAGUGUUAGUUGAAUUAUUUGAUUAUGAUAAAUUAAGUGAAAAUGAUUAUAUUGGAAAGAUAGAAGUUAAUUUAUCAGAAUUUGGACAAUCAUUCGUUGAUAGUCCAGCUCCUUUAACAUUAUCAGAAAAGUAUAAAGACCAACGACAAAAUAUUCAACUUCCAACAGAAAUCUUUUUUUCUUUUGGUAAAAUAUUCACUUUAAACAAAAUUAAAAGAAUAAUUACUGAAAGAGGUAUCACUGAUAUUGAAAUUGAUACAAAAAAAAGAACGGUUAUUAAAUCUCUUAAAAAUGAUGGAUUAGAUGGAUCAUUCUUUGCAAUUAAAUAUAAUGAUGAUUAUACUGUUGAUUUUGUUGUAAUGUCAACUGAUCCAAAUAAUGUACUUUAUAUAUCUAGUGAAGAAGGAUAUUCAAAGAAAUUUUUAGCAAAAGUAAAAAGAGAAGAAGAAGAAUUUGAUGUAUUUGGUAAGAAAGUAAAAUAUUGUAUGGUAAUGAAAAAAAUUCCUUUAAUUAAUCCUUUAUCCCUAUUUUCUCUAAGAAAAUUAUACGCAUCAUCAAAAUAUACAUUGGACUCUAUUACUACUCCUAGAGGUUGGAAAGGUAAGCUUUCCUAUUUUCAAGCUACAUUAAUAUUAAAAGAAACUUUCUUUAUUGAUAUUGAUGAACGUAUCCUUAUGGAUGAAGAAGGAUUCAUUAUAAGUAUUAAGGACCAAAUUAAAACAAGUGAAAUUGCAAUAUAUCCAAAAAUGGACUCUCCUUAUUGGAUGGCAUUAGUAGAAGGAAAAGAGAAUUCGAUUAUAUUAUAUGAUAAUGGACGUAAAUUUGAUGAUAUUAAAGAUUGGAUUACAAGUAAAGUAUAUGCUCAGUUAGAAUAUCCUGUUAUUCAUAAAGAUGUAACUUUAUUAUUUUUUGAAGAAGAUCCUGACUUUCAAUACAAGUUAUUAGUUGAUUUAAUACCUUAUAUCGAAUAA